CAUUGCUAGGGCAUCAAAAAACGACGAUUGCAUAUCUGGACCGUGUCAUUCAAUCCAACGGCCUACGAAAACCCUAUCCCCCGCACCCAGCUCAUGCUCCAUUUAUAAGGUCGACAAUUCUCUCACUUUCUCUUCUCUCCUGCGCUCGCCAGCAUUCUUCAUUAUCACGAGUGAAAAUAAACACUUGAUGCGUCAUACACAAUGCUGCAGUUUUGACUAGAAGUUGAGAAUGGGCAAGGAGAAGACUCACAUCAACAUCGUGGUCAUUGGCCAUGUCGACUCUGGUAAGUCGACCACAACUGGUCACUUGAUCUACAAGCUUGGAGGGAUUGACAAGCGUGUGAUUGAGAGGUUUGAGAAGGAAGCUGCUGAGAUGAACAAGAGGUCAUUCAAGUAUGCCUGGGUUCUUGACAAGCUCAAGGCAGAGCGUGAGCGUGGUAUCACCAUUGAUAUUGCCCUCUGGAAAUUUGAGACCACCAAGUACUACUGCACAGUCAUUGAUGCCCCCGGACAUCGUGACUUCAUCAAGAACAUGAUUACAGGAACCUCACAGGCUGACUGUGCUGUUUUGAUCAUUGACUCUACCACUGGUGGGUUUGAGGCUGGUAUCUCCAAGGACGGGCAAACUCGUGAACAUGCUUUGCUUGCUUUCACCCUUGGUGUCAAGCAAAUGAUUUGCUGCUGCAACAAGAUGGAUGCCACAACUCCCAAAUACUCCAAGGGAAGGUAUGAGGAAAUUGUGAAGGAAGUGUCUUCCUACCUGAAGAAGGUUGGAUACAACCCUGAUAAAAUUCCCUUUGUGCCCAUCUCUGGGUUUGAGGGUGACAACAUGAUUGAGAGGUCAACCAACCUUGACUGGUACAAGGGACCCACCCUUCUUGAGGCUCUUGACCAGGUCAACGAGCCAAAGAGGCCAUCUGACAAGCCACUCCGCCUGCCGCUACAGGAUGUCUACAAGAUUGGUGGAAUUGGUACUGUGCCUGUUGGACGUGUGGAGACUGGGGUUCUGAAGCCGGGUAUGCUUGUUACAUUUGCACCCACUGGUUUGACAACAGAAGUCAAGUCUGUUGAGAUGCAUCAUGAGGCACUAACAGAGGCUCUUCCCGGAGACAAUGUGGGAUUCAAUGUGAAGAAUGUUGCUGUCAAGGAUCUCAAGCGUGGAUAUGUUGCAUCUGACUCUAAGAAUGACCCGGCCAAGGAAGCUGCCAACUUCACUUCUCAGGUGAUCAUCAUGAACCACCCUGGCCAGAUUGGGAACGGGUAUGCCCCGGUUCUCGACUGCCACACUUCUCACAUAGCAGUCAAGUUUGCCGAGUACCAAUGGUUCCAACUGUCUGCUAGACCUUUCCUCGAACUCUUCCUUGGGUUCAAGGAGUUCUUACCUCUACGACCAAAGCAGUUCUACCAAGGCUGGUUCGGGUACCAGCAACUCUGGAAGAGACUCAUGGGUGGCGACCCAGCAAAACGACACUCCCUGUACUCCGUUUGUCAACGUCAACCACACUAAUUCUCACAUGAGAAGAAGGAUCCAACCGGCGCCAAGGUGACCAAGGCUGCCCAGAAGAAGAAGUGAUCAGUGAGUAUCUUUCCAUUCAACUUUUAUAAACUUUGUAAGACUACAUCUUAGUUUUGUGUGUUGAGGGUGACUUUUGUACCAACUGUUUGAAUUCCGUGUGAGAAAUUGAACUUUUUUUAGCGUCCAAAAUGACUUGAACAUUUUGAUUUUGCAUUUUAAAGGCGAUUAAGUAUCCAUGCAGAUUUUGAAACUGUCACCUAUGACUUAAUAUGUCGGUCAUGAAACACUGGAUUUAGGAAGCAUGUGACAUACUUAUCAUUUUUCUAAGUUUUCUUAUGCGGUCGCUAAGGAUCAGUG